AUGGCCAUUGAAACGCAUUUCACCCUCAACACAGGCGCAAAGAUUCCCGCCGUGGGCUUCGGUACUUGGCAGGCCAAGCCUCUGGAGGUCGAGAAUGCUGUUGAAGUCGCCCUUAAGGAGGGUUACCGUCACAUAGACUGCGCUGCCAUUUACCGCAAUGAAACCGAGGUUGGCGCCGGUAUCAAGAAGUCGGGUGUGCCACGCGACGAGAUCUUCAUUACCGGCAAACUGUGGAACACCAAGCAUGCUCCCGAUGAUGUUCUGCCGGCUCUGAACAAGACUCUGGCUGAUCUCGGGACCGAUUAUCUUGAUCUGUACCUGAUGCAUUGGCCCGUUGCGUUCAAGGGCGGCGACAAGUGGUUCCCUCUCAAUGAAGAUGGUGUUUUCGAGCUGGUUGAUAAUGACUACAUUGCCACUUACAAAGAGAUGGAAAAGCUGUUGGUGACUGGGAAGGUUAGGGCCAUCGGUGUGUCGAACUUCAACAUCCGCCGCCUGGAGGAGCUCCUGGGACAGGUCUCGGUCGUGCCCGCUGCCAACCAGAUCGAAGCCCACCCAUACCUGCAGCAGCCAGAGCUACUCAAGUUCUGUCAGAGCAAAGGGAUCGUCAUCGAGGCCUACUCUCCCCUGGGCAACAAUCAGACCGGUGAGCCCCGCACUGUAGACGACCCGGUCGUGGCCCAGGUCGCACAACAGGUAGGCAUGGACCCUGGCCCUCUUUUGGCCAGCUGGGGUGUGCAGCGCGGCACUGUCGUUCUAUCCAAGAGCGUCACCCCUUCUCGCAUUGCAGCCAAUCUCCAGGUCAAAUCUCUGCCUGAUGAUGCAUACGCCAAGCUGACUGGUUUGGAGCGCCACAAGCGCUUCAACUUCCCGGCCAACUGGGGCUCUGAUAUCUUUGAGGAGGUUGGCGAAGAGGCUGUGCGGAAGGCAGCCGUGGCAGCUGGCCAUGCCAACAAGAUCAAGUUCACUGUUUAA